AGAAAGCAGAACUUGGGAAAGACCGAAAGACGAAUCCAAUUUCCACAAACCAAAGUCAAUAAAGGCUGUAUCUGAAAAAACGGAGUUUGGAGGGAAAAUGUCGACCAAAAGGGUUUGACUCUCAAUCCUCCGCGGUUUUGGGCCAACUUUUCUUACUUUUCUUUUUAAAAUGCGUUAACGCUGAAUCAAAUUCUCAACCCCCCUUGAAAUCUUUCAAAUAUCUAAUCGAUUUUCCAAAUACUUUAGAUUUAUCAAAUUUCCCCUCUACAUUCCAUAACUUUCUGGAACCGCAGUUGCAAUUUAGUUUUCUUGCAAAGAAAGUUAUAGCUUUCUUUGGUUUACCCACACCUAAUUUUGAUUCUGCGAGAUCUAGGCUUAUACUUAUAAUAAUCCCUCGUUUGAUCGAUCGAUUUGUACUUUUUUCUAUAAUGAUCAGAUUUUUGUUAUUGUGAUCCACUGUGGGUUUUGGAGUGCUACUCUUUAUAGUCAACAAUCCAAGAAGGCUUAAGCUUUAGCUGGGAAAGAUUCAAUCUUUGUUUGUGUUCAAGUGACAAUUUGAACAAAGGUCUGAUCUUUAGCCACUGUGGAUCAAUGGGUAAUUGUUGUGCCUCGCCAAAAACUUCUGAUGAAAUUAGAGAAAAAAAGAAAAACCGAUUUUCUUCUGAUAGUUCACAUGUGAAUAAAGAUGGUAACCAGAAGUUCUAUGUGCUGGAGAACCCAACAGGGGAUGAUAUUAUGGCAACUUAUAAGCUGGGGCAUGAGCUUGGCCGUGGAGAGUUCGGGGUUACCUAUUUGUGUACGAAUAAAUCAACUGGGGAGCAUUUAGCUUGCAAAUCAAUUUCCAAGAAGAAGCUACGAACUCAAGUAGAUAUUGAUGAUGUGAAGAGAGAGGUUCAGAUCAUGAAGCUUUUGCCUAGGCAUCCCAACAUUGUGAGCUUGAAGGACACCUAUGAGGAUGAUCAUGCUGUCCACUUAGUGAUGGAGUUGUGUGAGGGCGGCGAGUUGUUUGAUCGGAUUGUUGCAAGGGGGCAUUAUACUGAGAGGGCUGCUGCAGUUGUGACUCACACCAUUGUUGAAGUUAUUCAGAUGUGCCAUAAGAAUGGAGUCAUGCAUCGUGAUCUCAAACCUGAAAACUUCCUGUUUGCAAACAAGAAGGAAACCGCUGCAUUAAAGGCCAUUGACUUUGGGCUUUCAGUGACUUUUAAGCCUGGCGAGACAUUUAAGGAGAUUGUUGGAAGUCCAUAUUACAUGGCUCCAGAGGUUCUGAAAAGAAAUUAUGGUCCUGAAGUGGAUGUGUGGAGUGCUGGUGUUAUUCUAUACAUCCUACUAUGUGGAGUCCCACCAUUUUGGGCAGAAACUGAAAAAGGAGUUGCUCAAGCAAUCAUACGGUCAGUUGUGGAUUUAAAAAAGGAUCCUUGGCCUAAGGUUUCCGACAAUGCUAAAGAUCUUGUUAAGAAGAUGCUCAACCCUGACCCCACCAAGAGGCUCACAGCUCUGGAAGUCUUAGAUCAUCCUUGGUUGCAAAAUGCACAGAAGGCUCCUAAUGUUUCUCUGGGAGAAACGGUGAUAGCAAGGCUUAAGCAAUUCUCAAUGAUGAACAAGCUGAAGAAAAGAGCUCUAAAGGUUAUAGCCGAGCAUUUAUCAGUGGAGGAAAUGGCUGGAAUAAAAGAAGUAUUCAAAUUAAUGGAUACAAGCAACAAUGGGAAGAUUAACAUGAAUGAGUUGAGAGUUGGAAUGCAAAAACUUGGCCAUCAAAUCACUGAUUCUGAGCUACAAAUACUUAUGGAAGCUGGUGAUACUGAUAAAGAUGGGUAUUUAGAUUAUGGGGAGUUUGUGGCAGUUUCCGUCCACAUUAGGAAAUUGGGCACUGAAGACCACUUGAAGAAAGCUUUUGAUUAUUUUGAUAAGAACCAGACUGGGUAUAUAGAGAUUGAGGAACUACGUGAUGCCUUGGCAGAUGAGAUUGAUUCUAACAGUGAAGAAAUUAUUAAUGCUAUAAUGCAAGAUGUUGAUACAAAUAAGGAUGGUCGCAUAAGCUACAUUGAGUUUGAUGUGAUGAUGAAGGCAGGCACAGACUGGAGAAAGGCUUCGCGACAAUAUUCACGAGAGCGGUAUAACAGUCUCAGCUUGAAGUUAAUGAAGGAUGGAUCCUUCAGCUAAUGUCCUUUUAUAUUAAGACAUGUAUAUGUGUGUGUGUUCGAUCAUCGACAUUAUUUUUUCCAUUUUCUUCAUUUCUUGUAUUUUGUGUUUUGCAUUUUUUUAUCUACUUCGUUGUUUGGCUAGAGACCCUCAAUACGUUCUUGAGGUUUAGAGUUUGAAGAAUGGUGACAUUGUCAUUUGCUUGUAAAUAUAAGUAUAUAGUUCUUGCUCAAGAACAUGUAGAGGUUCGGAAGAGCUAAAAAUGUUUCACUAUCUACGGUUGAUUGUGUUUAGUGUAUAUAUACACAUCGAACAUGAGAAUAGAAGGAUUCUGUGAAAAGAGUAUGUUACAAUUUGGAUUAUUUUACAGACAAAAGUUAGCCACAAGGGGAUUAAUUUGAUGAGUUACGGGUUCUUAUCAA